AUGGCUUUUCGAUUCCAGUGGCCUUAUUUCUCGGAUGAGUUCAUCCAGGAAGCCAAGACUAUGCUCACCAACGCCCUCAACAAGGGCAACAAACCAGCCGUCAUUGUCGACCAUAUCACUGUCAAAGAACUGGACAUGGGCACCCUGCCGCCAGAGCUGGAGAUGCUGGAGAUGGGGGAAUUAUCGAUGGAGCGCUUCCGUGGCAUCUUCAAGCUGACCUACAACGGAGAUGCCCACAUUGUAUUGCAGACAAAAGUUCAGGCCAAUCCCAUGAACGUCAAGAAAACCGACAACCCCUCGUAUACCCGUCGUGGCAUCUUGGCAGCAGACCAGCCCCUUGUUGUACCCAUGCUUCUCAGGAUUAGCGAUUUCAAGUUGCGCGGCAUCAUCGUGUUAGUUGUGGACCAGAUCAAAGGCAUCACCCUCGUCUUCAAAAAUGAUCCGCUGGAAUCGGUACUUGUCAGCUCAACAUUUGAUAGUAUCACCCCCAUCCAACGCUUUCUUCAGUCAGAAAUCGAAAAGCAGCUUCGGAAUCUGUUCCAGGAGGAUUUACCAACGGCCAUUCACAAUCUCUCGCAGCAAUUUACCAAGAAGCCUGAGGCAGCAUCGAGGCAGCAUUCA